UUGGUGUCUUCUCUAGAAUUUUUCACGUGUACGAAUUCUGAAAUAUUCUGAAAUUUCUCAUUCUACAAUUUCAAACGUUUGUAUCGCAGAACGUUCACAUGUAUGAAAAGUUCUAAGAAAACACGUGGACUUUCUCAGUACGUCUGAAAAGUGUACCAAUUCGUGUGAAAAUGCUGAGAAAAAUUUUCAUCGGGGAAACCGAGUUCCAAAUUAAUCUGCAUUGCUGGAAAUGGACGCGAAUUGUUCGUUCCUCGCGCGGCCCCGGGCUCUCUCCUUUUCAGUGUCCGAAUCUUUAUUAUCGAGGGCGACUCCGAUCGGCAAUUAGUCGACCUGGCAGAAUCGAGAAUUUUUAAUUACGUGGUUCGAUUUCCCCUAGUAAAUCGAGAGUAGGUCGAUCAAGACAGCAACAUGACUACCCAGAAGGCGAAAUUUGUGAACAAACAGUUCAACUCUCCUAUCAAUUUGUAUUCGCCACAGGCGAUACAGGAGACUCUGGAUAGGCAGACUCAAGUUCUGGCCAACGGUGCAGUCGGGAUCGACUUCAGCCAGUUGGCCAAGCCAGCGAACUUGCAGAACAGCGCGGUUCUACGUAUGCUCGAAGAAGAAGAAGCGAGGCAGCGCGGUGGUCAACCAGGUCUGAAACGGGUAGCUUGGCCACCGCCUCCAGAGGAUCAAGACUUCGACUACGUGGAGCAAGCUCCCGUCCAAGCGAAGACCCGUGGGUGGUACGGUGAUCUCAGCUCGUACCAGAGCAGUCCCUCGUCAGGUCCGUCACCCCAACCGCCCUCGACGGUCGCGCGGUCGUCGACACAGAGCGCCGUUCCGUCGUCCCCGUCGCCGGUCAGUCCUGGCGGCACGCUCCUGCGACAGCCCUCGCACUUCCAGCAGCAACAGGCGAACCCCAGGGGCUGGGCGGCCGUGACACCCCCGGCGUCCUCGCCGAUCUCCCAACAGCAUCCCCCGUUUCCGAGCCAACAGCGGCAACCGCAGCAGCAGCAGCAGCAGCAGCAACAACAGCAACAGCAGACUCAGCCUUGGCAGCAGCACCCCCAGGAUCCUUACGACCGGGCACCGCAGAGGCAGCAGCAGACUCCAUCCGGCUAUUAUACGACCGCCCCUGCGGCGUUCGAGGCACCACCCUCCACUAUCAUCCUCCGUCCUGAGCCGCCCAUCUCGCAGGCACCAGCACCCGUGUAUCAGGCCCAACCCGCAGCGACGAAGGCUCCGGCAACAGGCAACAUGCGAGGUGAUCUCAAGUGGCCGCCGGCGACCGUGAAGGCCCAGUUCGAGGCGGAAAACCGGGCCAGGCUUGAGCUCGCCAGGGGCCCGGCUGUCAGGCCCCGUCGAGUGCACAAGGACUAUACCGGUUUCUUCGCGCAACACGCCCUGAACAGCACCUACCCAGGCUACCGAGCGCCGCCUGGCACCCAGUACUUCACCCCGGCCUAUCAUCAUUAGCGAAUAUUCCGUUCCGAGCAACGCAUACGAGCACGAGGCAUCGGCCUGGGUCUCCCAUCGACCGGGACACCCGGGACGUUGCUCGCGGAUCCCGCGGGAUCCGCGAGGAGCCAGAGAAACGCAUGGGGGAUGAUCUUCUUCGUGAAUAAAAUCUCGAAAAAAAUCAUGAGGCUACGAAGGAAAAUUCGUAUAAAUACGGAAUUUCGUCUCGGGGAUUUCUUCCUUCCCUCAUCACUUUCGGGACAGGUCACAAUUCUGAGCACGAAUCGCCGUGCUGUCGCUCUUCCAGGACGUGGUCCAGACAGCUGCGGAGACAUUUCACGUCAUGCGUUUCUCAGGUUUCUAAAGAGAUCUUCCGAUCUGGAUUUCGAGCUUCAACGAACCUGUAUACACAGAGACUGAACGGUUACCUUUCAUCUUUGCAGGGUAGCAUAAACUAAUAACAGUUACCGAAGGUCCGGUUUAUUUUACAGCAUUCGGUUUAUUAUUCGAGCAUCAUCGUUCGGAGAUUCCCACGCUUGUGAGCCUCACGUUCCUCCUGUCUCUUGUAGUCUGCAAACCGAGAAAGUAGAUCUUGUUAGAUACAUUUAUAAUGAAACGGGACAGAAAUAUAACUUGGCUUAUUGCUAGUUAAAACAAUAUGUAUACCUACGCAAAAAAUAUUGUUAGGUACUAAAAUUCAACCAGACCGUAGAAACUGUUUCUGUUAUUCGUGUUGUAAUAAUUUAUCUUAUUACUAUAUAUUGCUUUAAAAUAAUUAUCUCAUCUUUUCACACUUUCUUUUUUUAAGAAACAGCUAAUACGGUUUCCCCCCUAUUUAGAAAUUCUUGCCUAACGCAAGACCCUCUCCCCCAGUUUGGGAAUUUCUGAUGCAGAUGAAUGACUCAAUGUUGUGAUAGAAUUAACGCUGCAAACAGGUUUACAAGACUAACGCUUGCCAUACGGAUCACACGAGUGGCGGAUCACAAGCGAUUGGCGUAAGGGAUUUCGGAAGAAUAAUAAAGUGUACUUUUUACUUCGAUGACAACGAUACGGAAAAAUAACGAACGUCGAAUGUAGACAAGAAUCCGCAAAAUGAACGAUCGAAUCACACGGAGUACAGAAUACUGUAUUCGGGGAAGAGUUUUAUGCGUCGAGUACUGAAAGGCGACACAUAUGAUAACGCGAUUUGGCAAUGGGUCUGCCCGUUAACUAACAAACGAAUAAUUUUUAAUAAUGUAACAUAUCGAUGUGAAUAAAUAAAUAAACAUCACAAUUUG